AUGGCAGCCGACGACAGUCACCCCUCGCCGGCUCGUUCAGGAUGGGCCAGUCUAGAGGAGGAGCUGGCCUAUUAUAAGUCGCAAUAUGAGACGUUGGAAGUGGAGCUGCAGGAGUUCCAGGCAUCCAGCAAGGAACUCGAGGCCGAGCUAGAGCGCGAUGUCGAAGAGAGCGAAAAGCGGGAGCGGAAAUUGCAGGAGAAGGCAGAGAAGUUGGGAUUUGAGGUGGAGGAGUGGAAGACCAAGUACAAGCAAAGCAAGACGGAAGCCAACAAUGCGCAGAACACUCUGCAGAAAGAGAUUACCAGCAUGCGCGAGAGCCAGCGCGCUCUUCAAAUGCGCCUACGGGACAUUGAAGUACAGAGCGAUGAUUUCGAGCGCCAGGCACGCCACCAAACAUCCUCCCUAGAGGACGUCGAGUCAAAGUACAAUGUGGCGAUUGAGCGGACGGUAAUGCUGGAGGAGGAGAUCAAAAUCGGCGAACAGGAGCGAGAAGCGUUGCGGAUAGAGACACAGCGACUUCGAGAUGAACUGUCAGAUUUGCGGAUAGAGGCGGAAAUUGUGCAGGAGAAGCUGCGCAUAGCAGAGGAGACGAUUGAGGGCCACCACCAGCGCAAGGUAUCUAAUCAUGUCUCUGGUGAUGCCCUGAGACCACGCUCUCCCGUCUCCGAGGCUUCAACCUCAGCUACUAAUCUUUCUUCGCCAACGGCCGCCUCUACCCCGCCGCACUCGAAACCAGACGUCCCGCACCCAGACACAACGCCUCCUUCUCCACCCCUGUCUGAUGCACCCAUCACAACAAGACAUGUGCCCUCUACGCCCAUGUCUAGGCGCAAAAACUCGGUUCCCCCAUUGGAUCCCGGAACCACACCUCGCGCCGGUCUGUAUCAGCGCGCGCCGCGCCAUUCGCGAGGUCCCAGCGUGUCGGGGGUAUCGAGACCAGGUACCAGUGCCAGUGGGCGGGCAACGCCUUCUAUACGGACGUCUGCUCUAGCUUCACGAGGGCCAAGGCCAAGCUUUGGGGCUGCCGCACCACCGGCGACUCUGCCAAGAUCCGGAUCACUUUACCAGAUUCGCGGGCUAAUUGGCAAGAUGCAGAAGCUUGAAGAGCGGGUCCACUCGGCGCGAUCCAAGCUUCCUGCACCGACGAAUACACCGCCGAAAGCCAGUCCACGGAAUGGUAGCGCCAUGGGACAUCACGGUGGUGUACCGAGCACGGUUACCGUGAGAAGCGGCAGAAAGCGCAGCUCGCAUGCAUCGGCGGCUUCGUCCGUUAGUGGUGCUUACGAGUCCGGUGUAAGCCGGCUGUCAUUCGGUCGGUCAACUUCUUCACGAGAGCCUACCAAUAGCAGGCCAAGCAGUCGAGCAUCAAUGUCGUCGCAAUCGACACCAGCAAGACCAGGGAGCAGAGGCAGCAACCGGACGCCCCUUGGUCAUUAUCAGUCUUCGUCAAUCAGUGGGAUGGAUCCCCGGAUGCCGAGGUCACGCAGCUCCAUGAGCGGACAAUCAGGCGGACAUGGUCACUCGCAGUCCUUUUCAAAGUCGCUACGAGAAAGCGACACUGGAAACCAUAGCGACGGAAGCGGCGCUACUACUCCAUUGGCUCGUCGACUCACCAUGGAAAAGUCAGGGAUCCCUAUGCUGAGCGGAAUUCCGAGGCGACAGAGCGCAUCGCGGAGGCCAAGCGCCAACUACGACGGCGGAGAAAUGGGUCCCCCUGCAAGGCCACGCAAAAUGUCAACGCAGCCUGAAGAAGAAUCUUACUAA